GACUUGUGGAUUGAGAGAGCGUGCUGAUCUAAUGCUCCCACUUUGCCAAUUCAUAUAAGUUUAAAGAGGAAAGUACCAAACUUUGAUUUGCUUUUCGUUAUGGAUUCUUAAGUUUGAUUUGAGUUGUAGAUCUUACAUGAGUUCAGCGAAACAAGAUGAGGAAACCAACCCCGACCUAAUAUGAUCCAGGCUUUUGCUUAUUUCUGUUUACAUGAAACCUUGACAAGCAGACCAUGGGUUUAGGAAAUCAAGCCAAAAACUGCAAAUAGAGUUCUUACAUUAAAUGGUGUCAUGCUCAGGGAAGCACUUGUAGAUGCUAUGUGAUAAAGUGAAUACCAUGAUUCCUGCCUCCACGAGCAUAUGUAAGAAGAAUGUUGGCGGAUUGAGUGGGUGUAUUCGGAGACAGAUGGGCAGAAGUAUUCGUGGCGUGGUGUCCCAAGGACAACCAACCACCAGCUGUUUUGGUCAAAAUACUUGGCAUUCAAAAAUAAGCAAUGUCACCUUUGCUGUAUCAAGGAGAGUCUCUCGAUCUUCUGUUGUUAGCUUCCAGACACCUCAGGGAAAUUGCUUCCAGUUGGGCUUUUGCAAGCAAAUGGGUAAUUCGUGUUCAUUGGCACUUAAGUGUUUAGUCAAUGCUGAAGGAUCUGUUAAGAACUUCCUAGAUAUUUCAUCACCUCGCCGAAGUAUGAGCAUGAGAUUCUUGUUACCGAAACAAAGAGUGUUUUCAAAGAUCAAGUGUGAUGUGGGACCAAUAUCUUGGAAACGAGGAUGUGCUUCUGCUGGCUUCUCAUUUCGUAUGUUGACUUGCUAUUCAAGUUAUAAGCCAACAUAUGCCAAAGCAGAUGGAGGAAAGAAGGACGAGGAAGAUGGAUGUGAUUUGUUGUAUGUUAAAUCCUCACAUGGGAAGAGAGUUUAUACCGACUACACUGUAAUUGUUGCAGGAAUUCCUGGAGAUGGAAGAUGUUUGUUUCGUUCUUUGGCUCAUGGGGCUUGUUUACGAUCUGGGAAAACAGCUCCGAAAGAGAGGCUUCAGAAGGAACUAGCAGAUGACUUGCGAGCUAGAAUUGCUGAUGAGUUUAUAAAAAGAAGGGAAGAGUCAGAGUGGUUUGUAGAAGGUGAUUUUGACUCGUAUGUUGCACAAAUGAGGAAGCCACGUGUAUGGGGAGGUGAACCCGAAAUGUUCAUGGCAUCGCACGUUCUACUGAUGCCUAUAACAGUCUACAUGCGCGACGACGAAGCUGGUGGGCUGAUAUCAAUUGCCGAGUACGGCCAGGAGUAUGGCAAAGAAGAUCCAAUCAGAGUUCUCUAUCACGGUUUUGGUCACUAUGAUGCGCUGCAAAUCCCUGGCAGGAAGGGUAGUAAAUCUAAACUUUGAGGAUACUUUUCUGCUGAAAGGGUACCAAGAACUAACAAUUGUAUCAUUAUUUCUGGUUAAGAACAAUCAUUUGUAUCACAUAUGUUGGCAAAUCCCAAUUCAUGAAGCCUUCACUAGUAA